AUGCAUUUCACAAAGAAGAUUGACCGAGCCUUUCAAUGGGCCGGCGAAAGGAUGGGCGCUGAAGCCCGAACGGCUCAUUCUGAUGAGUUCAAGAACCUGGAGACCGAAAUGGCCCUCCGUCAAGACGGCAUGGAGCGCAUGCAACGAUCUAUGAGCGGCUACGUUAAAUGGUUGUCCCAACGCAAUGAGCUUUUGGAUAACAAAGAGCGCGGCACUCCCAUGGCGGCUCUUGGCCGUACAAUGGCUACCCAUGGCGAGGAUUUCGAGCAAGAGUCCGAGUUCGGAAACUGCCUGUUGUCCUUGGGUCGCGCCAACGAGCGCAUUGGUGGCAUCCAAGAUUCCUACGUAGACUGUGCCAAUGCCACUUGGCUGGACAACCUUGAGAGGAGUCUGGCAAUGAUGCGAGAGUACCAGAACGCCCGCAAGAAGCUUGAGAACCGCCGUCUCGCCUACGACGCCAGCACCAACAAGCUGCAAAAGGCCCGCCGUGACGAUUUCCGCAUCGAAGAAGAAGUUCGCAUGAACAAGGCCAAAUUCGAAGAGACCAGCGAGGAUGUCCUUCGUCGUAUGCAGGACAUCAAGGAAUCCGAGGUGGACAACAUCACAUCCCUAACCCAAUUCCUCGACGCUGAGCUUGACUACCAUGAGCGCUGCGCCGAUGAGUUGCGUCGUGUUCGCCAGAACUGGGCUGGAGCUGCGUCUUCGCCUACCAGUGCUCCCAAGAUCGGUCGAAGCCGAUCAAACACCGCUCGUUCUUGGCAAGAGCCUCGCCAUCAGGCGGUCUACGAGGAGCCAGAGGCUGAACAAGAACCCGCUCGCAUUCCCAACCGUUCCCCCGGAAGCCGUCUUGCGCCUCCCCCUCCCCAACCUGCACGACCCCCGAUCGGACGCGCCUCAACAUUUGAAGGCCGCUCCUCAUCUACAGCUACACCACUGGCCAAUCUCAGAGUUCCAGGUGCUCCUCUUGCUCGCGUUGCUACUGACAGCGGUUCAUACGGACGCCAUGACGAUGUAUUCUCUGACGAUGUUUCAACAAGCAGAAGUGGCAGCCCUGACUGGGAACACCGUGCUGCCAGCCCUGCAACUAGCUAUGGAAGUCUAAGCCGAAGCACAAGCGGCCUGGCGCUUGGAAAGAAGCCACCGCCUCCCCCUCCCAAUCGAGCCAAGAAGCCCCCGCCUCCUCCUCCUACAAGAAGGGAGAACUUGGGAUAUUGA